ACAAGUUUUUGAGAUUUGUUGUGUCGCCAAAUUCACUACACUAAAGCGUUUAAAGUUAAACUCGGUUUUAUUUUUAAAGAGCGGAUCCACACUGUGUUCAAAGAAAAUCAGGUGUGAAAGAGUGUGAGUGAACGCUGGCGACGAAGUCUAAGGAUCAGCUGAAGCGGCCAUGAAUCGAGUCCCCCUAAUGCAGCAGCAGUGUUGUGGACAAUGGGAGAAGAAGGAGCGGCUGGGGACCGGAGGCUUUGGAAAUGUCACAAGAUGGCAAAAUAAGGACACGGAGGAGCAAAUUGCUAUAAAACAGUGCCGUCAAGAGCUUAGUGAGAGAAACAAAGAGCGAUGGUGUCUGGAGAUCCAGAUCAUGAAGAGGUUGGAUCAUGUUAACGUGGUCGCAGCGAGGGAGGUUCCUGAGGAGAUGCAUGAACUCGUGGCCACCAACGGCCUGCCACUGCUGGCCAUGGAGUACUGCCAGGGAGGGGAUCUGAGAAAGUAUCUGAACCUCCUGGAGAACUGCUGUGGAAUGAGGGAGGGCUCCGUUUUGAUUCUGUUACGGGACAUUUCGUCGGCUCUAACCUACCUCCACAAGAAGAGGAUCAUCCACAGAGACUUGAAACCUGAAAACAUUGUGCUGCAGCAGGGCGAGAAGAGAUUGAUCCACAAGAUCAUAGAUCUCGGCUAUGCUAAAGAACUGGACCAGAGCAGCCUUUGCAUCUCAUUUGUGGGAACACUGCAGUACUUGGCUCCAGAGCUCAUUGAGAGGCAGAAGUACACAGUCACUGUGGACUACUGGAGUUUCGGGACUUUGGUGUUUGAAUGCAUCACAGGCUUUCGCCCCUUCUUACCAACCUGGCAACCUGUUCUCUGGCACAAUAAAAUGAGACUGAAGCAAGAUAAUGACAUUGUUGUCUAUGAGGAUCUGUCGGGGGAAGUCCGCUAUUCCAAAAAUCUGCCGCAGCCCAACAACCUUAACAGUCUGUUGUUGGAGAAGAUGGAGAGGUGGCUGCAGCUGAUGCUGAAGUGGUCUCCUCAAGAGAGAGGCAAAGACCCCGACUCCACACCCAGCAACUGCUUCUCCCAGCUGGAGAUCUUGCUGCAGCUCAAGCUGGUUCACGUCUUGAACAUGAUGUCUGCUAAGAUCCUGACAUACUCAGUCUCGGACGAUGAGACUGUGGCUGACCUGCAGCUGAAGAUAGAGAAAGACACCAACAUCCCUGCAGCCAACCAGGAGCUGCUGCUGGAGGCAGGAUUAGCCUUGGAGCCUCAUGGACUGGCCACGCAGUGUGCCAUAGAUUACACUGAGACAGAUGGGCGACGGACAGACUUGCCUCUGGUCUUCCUGUUUGAUCGCUCCUCUUGCAGUUAUGAGCCCCAGUUUGCUCCUCGCAUCCUCCCUGAAAACAUCCGCUUUGUCCAAACAGACCCCAAGACCCUUCUGGCUUACAGCCCUCUGAGGAGGACUUGUGGCCAGGCGUGGCACACCAUCCGCUCCCUGAAGGAAGACUGGCAAAGACUGCAGCAGGGGCAGAAAGCUGCCAUAAUGAGCCUACUGAGACACAACUCUUCACUGUCCAAACAGAAGAAUGAGAUGGUCUCUAUGCACCAGAGACUCAUGGCCAAGCUGGACUUCUUCAUCACCAGCCUUCACAUAGACAUGGACAAGUACCAGGAGCAGACAGCUACCGGGAUUGCCUCAGAGAAACUUCUGGGUGUGUGGAGGGAGAUGGAGCAGACCGCUGUCAGCUGUGGUCAGGCCAAGGUGAGUGAACUGGAUGAGGAGAUGAUGCAGCUACAGCCAGACAUAGUGGAUGUGCAGAGGCAGCCGUGGAGGAGCGGCGAGGCACUGGACACACUUGAAGGAAAGGCCAUGGAGCUGUUCCGCAAACUGAGAGAGAAACCCAGAGACCAGCGGUGCUCAGGGGACAGUCAGGAGGUGGUGCGUUUGGUACUUCAGGCUGUGCAGUUCUACGAGAGGAAGCUCAGAGACUUCUACACACACCUCAGUAAGACAGCGGUGUGUCGCCAGCGUGUGAUGGAGCUGCUGCCUAAGGUGGAGGGUGUGGUCCAGAGGAUGGCGGAGAGUGAACAAGUCCUAAUGAGUCUGCAGGAGAAACGACAGAAAGAGCUGUGGAACCUGCUCAAAGUCGCCUGUAGUAAGGUUCGCAGCCCGGUAAGUGGGAGUCCUGAUGGAUUACGAACCCCUUCCUCAGUACCACCUCUCCUGACUCCCAGACACAGCUUACAGCAGUUGGAUGAGUCUCUUGUGGAGGAGAGCAGAACAUUCGAGAGUCGACUCCAGAGUCUGCUGCAUGACACCAUCCAGGAAUCAGAGAGUGGUAUGGAGAUGCUGAGGGAGUGGACGUGGCUGAGUGGAAGCCAGAAUUUCUCCAGUGACCUCUCGUAAAUUUAGUUUUCAGUGUUUGUUUAUAUGCUGUACUCUACUGCCUCCGUGUGGAUGGGAUGUUAAACUACAUGAGGUUGUGCCAGCAGCUAUAAUGUGCAUAUCACAAUUUAUGAGCGAGUGAUAGCUGCUGGCAGGUAUUUGCUUUAUGAGGACUGAUGGUAAAUCCUGACUUUGUAAAACAGAUCAUUAAUAUUAUUAUUAUUUCUAAUCUGUUGGGCACUGAAGAAAAUUCUCUGAUUGUGGUAAAUGUCAAGAUAAAUUAAAUAAAGCAGGAUUAUUUAUUUGCCAAACUAGUUUUAACAGAACAGGUAAUGUUUUGGGGUAAGAUUUUAUUUCAACAUGCCCAGACCCAAAGCAAUCUGUUUUUAAAAUCAUAGUUCAUUCCUACACUUUGAAUAUACUGUAUGUGGAGAGGAUUGCAGACUUUACAAAGCUUCAAACUGAAUAUCUCUUAACACAGUGACCCUAAACACUCUGAGUGUCCAUGAAUGUAAUUACCCUGUUACCAAAAUAUUACUUCUCAAUGUGUUUUAUGGGAUUUCUAUCAGGAAUCUACAUAUAGUAUUUUAAGACGUGCAGAUCCAUCAUGAGUUUUAAAAAAGGGUUUUAGUUAUAUUCUGUAGACGUCUCGGACUUGAACAGUGUAUCUAAAUGUAAAUAUUUUCUGUAUUUGUCUCAUUGGACCAUAUUUCAAUACAAAUUUUAAUUUAGUAAGACAAUCAUGGAACAACAUGGGGGGCUACUAUCAUUAUAUGUUAAAUGACUGUAUGUAUGUGAUUUUUUUUUUUUAAUUUACACCCAUUGAUGCUUAUAUGGUGUGCGGGCACAAUAACAGUAACACCUUUACAUGACACAUUUCAGUAGCCCUGCUUUUUGUGUUGGACAUAUUAUGAUGUCAAAUCAGUGGAAAAAGACAAAACAAGCAGAAAAUCACCAAUAUCUCAGCUUGAUUUAUGGUGAUGAUGUUUACAUAUGAUGUACAGUGUAAAACCUGACUUUGAAACAUUUCCUUUUUUAAUUGAGAUAAUGAUGUUAAGACACAAAACUAUGUCACAUCUUGUAGCUAAACUGUGAACAUUUCUACAAAGGCAAUUCACUCCAUUAACUACAUUUCAAUAAUCUGCUCUGUCCGUUAUGUUUGUGCUAGAUAUCACAGCUACUGCUUCAUGAUCCUUCACAUUUGGCUCCAAAGCUGCACCUCCUGCAAUAACGUUCUCAUCUCAAUCCCAACUAUUGGAACAAAUCUUUACUGCAUAUAGAAUAUAUGCAUUAAGUAAUGGGAGAUGUUACAUAUUGUACCUGUGAUAGCUGUUGUCUAUAUGUGUGUAUACUUUAUGUGUAUUGCAUGUUUAAUAGCUUUUAAGAUUGCAAUAAUGUCCGAAAAUAGACAUAUCCAGACAUUUCUAUCAUGAUUUUAAAACAAAGAUACAUUUUGUAACUUGAAUAUUUGUUUUAUUCUAUAGGUUGACUAGUUUCUAUUUUUCUGGGAAUGAUGUCAACCAAAAAAACAAAAAAAAAACAGAAAAUACAUAACUCAUUGAGACAAAUGCU